AUGGCUGAGAUGGAGAAAGAGGGAAGACCUCCGGAAAGCAAGAGGAGCAGAAAGCCAGCUCACCCUGUGAAGAGGGAAAUUAACGCAGAGAUGAAGGUCCCGUCCAAUCGGCCCCUCCCAGGGGCGGGGCAGGCAGGCAAUCUCCAUGGCAACUCGCCCUACUUGAUGAGUUUUGCUGAAAACACCAUGAAUGAGUUACUUGGAUGGUACGGAUACGAUAAAGUGGAGUUACGAGAUUCGGACGACAUAGAGAUCCGCAACUAUCCUGACGGAGAAAUGCGGCAACACAUCUCUGUCCUGAAAGAGAACUCUUUGCCAAAAGCAUCCACAUUGGAGAACAGCAGUGGUUCUCCUCCACACGCCAACAGCUCUGGCUCUACUCCCACAUCACGCAAUGGAGUGACAGCCGAGUCGUCUGUAAACCCCUCCUCCUCAAAGGAGCACGGAGGCCUGCCAAUCAUAGUGCCCUUAAUCCCGCCCCCUCUCAUAAAAGCACCAGCAGAGGAGGACUCGUCUAAUGUUCAGAUCAUGUGUGCGUGGUGUCAGAAGGUGGGAGUGAAGCGUUAUUCUCUCAGUAUGGGCUCUGAGCUCAAGAGCUUCUGUAGUGAGAAAUGCUUCGCUGCCUGUCGACGUGCCUACUUCAAACGCAACAAGCUUGGAUAUGUGAGGAAUUGCAGUGCCAGAGAGGAGGAGGGUGUUCCGACCCACAGCUUGUCCAAAGACACGCCCAGACUUGUGCUCAAGACAAACAGCGAUGUGCUUGUCUGUGAUUGGUGCAAACACAUCCGCCACACUAAGGAAUACCUGGAUUUUGGAGCUGGUGAGAGGAGGCUUCAGUUUUGCAGUGCUAAGUGUCUGAACCAAUAUAAGAUGGACAUAUUCUAUAAAGAGACUCAGGCUGCUCUGCCAGGGGGUUUGUGUAACCCUCCUCUCCCCACCAGUGAUACAAAAUCAGAGAGCGGUGCGGGUGUACAGCUCCUUACACCUGAGUCCUGGAGUGCACCUCUGAGUGAGCUCCGCAGUCGAAAGGCACCUUCACCAGUGGGUGCCACUAUAGCUGGACCUUCUGGAUCCACGUCAGGGUCACCAUCUGAAGCUGGAACUGUGUGUUCCUCAUCGUCCUCAUCAUCUUCAUCAUCAUCAUCAACGAAAAUACCCACACCGCGGCCACACGAAAGCCCUUCUUUACCGCCACCUCAUCCACCAUCUAUAUCAGGGCUACAUCCAGCUCUGGGUAUGCCACCCGGCAGCCCACCUAUGGUCAUGACACCUCGAGGCCCAGUUCCUUUCCCUAUCUUCAUGGAGCACCAGAUGAUGCAGCAGAUGCGCCCUCCGUUUCUACGCCCACCAGGCCCAAACAGCCCUCAUUCCAAUCCCAUGAUUCCUGGCAUUGGGCCACCACCACCUCCACGGACUUUGUGUCCUCCAUCAAGCCCCAUGCAUCGCCCACUCCUUUCCCCCCAUUUACACCCUUCCUCUACCCCAACCCUUUCUGGGAACCCUCCAGGUAUAAUGCCCCCUCACCCUGCUGCCCACAUGCCAGGCUUGCCUUUCCCCCCAGUUAACAUGAUGCCAUCUGGUCCCAUCCCAGUUCCACCUAUUAUGAAUAUUGGCAUGCCUUCUCUGGCCCCCUUAGUGCCUCCACCAACGUUAUUAGUGCCCUAUCCAGUGAUUGUGCCAUUGCCAGUCCCCAUACCCAUACCAGUGCCCAUACCAUUUAAUCCGCAGCGGUCAGGUGACAGACCAGGAAAUGAUGGAACACUUCCAAACACUGCAAACGAGCAGAAAGAUUCAAAAGCACCACCAUCAUUUUCCUCUAGAGGAGAGGAGAGGGACUUUCAGAAAGCCCCUCCUAACUCAGACACACUUUCACCAGAAUUUUCCAAGCAGACGGAGCAGGGUAGGACAAACAUGGCAGAUUUGAUGGUUAAAAUGGAAAACUCUGGUAAAGGAAGUUCUGAACACUCACAUAAAGACACACCAGCAGAUGGAGUCAUUGAUCUUACGACCAGUCAUCGCUCCCGGCAACAGCUAGUGAUCCAGAGGGCUGUAACCUGUGUGCAGGUAAAAGCAGAGCCCGGGUUAAGUCCACCGCCUGCACUUUUGGGUGAAACUGAGUUGGAUGGGUCAACAAGUAUUAGCACAGGAACAGCAAAAGAUGACCACAGAGACACAUACAGUAAUGCUGAAAGCCCAUUGGCUAGUGUAGCUCUGCCUUGUGCUGACCCAUCCUACUGCAGCGGCACACCACCACUUUCUCAGCCAAUCACAUGCAGUGCCUCCAUUAUCCCUAGCAACAUCACCACCGCUAAGACUGAGCCUGGCUCUGCUACACCCUGCAAUGUGAUCGUUAAUGGGAGCUGUAAUUUGCCUCCAACAGAGAGUUUGAUCAGAACGCCUCCGUUAGAGCAACGCCCUCAGGUGGACACCUGCCGCAGGACGGCCACUGUGUGCGAUGAGCCUGCGGGGGCAGAUCUAGAAGGAGAGGACCUGAAAGAGAACAGUUGCCUAGCCACAGAAAAAGACUCGGCAGGUAAGAGAUGUUCAAAUGACCAGUCUGCUAUUACUACAGGCACAGGGGAUGAUAAAUCUCAGAGCCCUGAAGAUGACCCAUCUGGUGAGGACCAUGCCUACGCCUUGCCCCUCAUGCCCAAACCUGGCUGUGUCAUUCAACCAGUGCCCAAACCUGCUGAAAAAACUGCUGCCAUCUUGCCCUGUGGCUUGACAGCCCCAUUAACAGGAACUGUUCCAAUGGAAAUGGAGCCUCCACUGAAGAGAAGGUGUCUGCGUAUCCGCAAUCAGAACAA